AUGGAUUUUCUGAAGAACAGAUCAAGUGUUUCUGAGUUUAUCUUGCUGGGACUUUCCAGUUCUCAAGAAAUUCAGAUAUUCCUUUUUGCAAUCUUCUUUCUUGUCUAUGUAGCCAUUGUAGUAGGAAACCUCCUUAUUGUGAUCUCUGUGAUAUUUGAUAACCAUCUUCACUCCCCCAUGUAUUUCUUUCUGGCAAACUUGUCGUUUCUUGACUUAUGUCUUUCAACUACUGCAACUCCCAAAGCAAUUGCAGACUUCCUUAGAAAACACAAGACCAUCUCCUUGUGGGGCUGCAUGGCCCAGAUGUUUUUCAUGCACUUCUUUGGGGGUGGAGAGAUGUCUCUUCUGAUAGCUAUGGCCAUAGACAGGUAUGUGUUCAUAUGCAAACCCUUGCGCUACAAAACCCUCAUGAGUCGCAGGGUGCUCACUGUGUUUCUACUGCUCUCAUGGAUAGUUGGCUUCAUACAUACUACAAGCCAGAUAGUUUUCACGGUUGGUUUACCUUUCUGUGGUCCCAACGUUGUGGACAACAUUUUCUGUGACCUUCCGCUGGUCAUCAAGCUUGCUUGCACUAAAACUUAUACCCUCUAGCUCUUGGUGAUUACAAACAGUGGGCUUCUGUCCUUGAUCUGCUUCAUUCUCUUGCUCAUAUCCUAUGUCGUCAUGCUGGUCACCAUCUGGAAGCAUUCUUCCAGUGCAUCCUCCAAGGCUGUGUCCACACUAUCUGCUCACAUCACUGUGAUCACUCUCUUCUUUGGCCCAGCUAUCUUUAUCUAUGCUUUCCCAUUCAAUAGUUAUUCUGCAAGUAAGUUUUUUUCUGUAUUUUACUUGACCAUCACCCCCCUCAUUAAUCCAAUUACUUACACUCUGAAGAAUCAGGAAAUGAAGGCAGCCAUUAAGAGACUGAGCAGCCAGCAUACUGGUUCCUGGCUCAUCUCCUAA